GUGCUUCUCAGCACCAGAGGAGGUGCAUGGGUUUUCAGGCGAGUCUUUGACUCAGGGUACCCAUGGGACAUGGUGCUUAUAACACGAUUUCAAACUGCAUUCAGAAAUUUUCUCCCAACUCCAAUUUUGACUUGGUUGAUGGAAAAGAAGAUGAACAGCUGGUUCAAUCAUGCAAAUUAUGGCUUAAUACCAGAAAACAAAGAGCCUGUGAUAAAUGAUGAGCUCCCAGGCCGUAUCAUCACUGGAAAAGUACUGAUCAAGCCAAGCAUAAAGGAAGUGAAGGAAAAUUCUGUCAUAUUUAACAACACCCCAAAAGAAGAACCCAUUGAUAUCAUUGUUUUUGCCACUGGAUACACCUUUCAUUUCCCCUUCCUGGAUGACUCGGUGGUAAAAGUUGAAGAUGGCCAGGCAUCAUUGUACAAGUAUAUCUUUCCAACACAUCUGAAAAAACCAACAAUGGCUGUUAUUGGCCUCAUCAAACCCUUGAUCUCCGUACUGUGCACAGGAGAAAUACAAGCUCGAUGGGUUGUUCAAGUCCUGAAAGGUGUUAGUAAGUUACCACCACCAAGUGUCAUGAUAGAAGAAGUCAAUGAAAGGAAAAAAAAUAAGCACAGUGGGUGAGUGAGUUCCUUGGUCAGC